AAACGUAAACAACAAACGAAACGACCAGCAUUUGAUGUCGGUAGUACUAUUCACAUUUCCGCUAUCGUAAUUCAUGCCUUGGCAAGUUCAAUUGGUAUUCGAUGAAUCGUUACUUAAUCAACCUAUCCUACAUCGGUACCCGGUUUCGUGGCAUUCAGCGCAAAAUCGACAAAACCGUCGGCCAGUUUAAGGAUCCAUAUACCGUGCAAGGAGUCAUCGAGGAAGCUUUGUUGAAACUAAGGCCUGUUAAUGAACCCUUGUUGAAACUAUCAAGUCGCACUGACACUGGUGUGCAUGCGCUGCACAAUACCGUCCAUGUAGAUUUGCAGCGCCCGAAUGGAGCACCAUACAACACGGAUCGUAUCACUAAAACGCUUAACCGUGCAUUCGAAAAAGAUGGCCAAUCGUUGCGCAUUCUUAGCACCGUGCACGUUCCGCUCACCUUUCAUGCACGAUUGUGCGCCAAAUCGCGCACUUACCUUUACCGGUUGGCGGUGUUGAAAAGGGAGUAUGCCUGUGACUCCACCCGCCAGCAGCCACACGUGCGGUUCAUUCCGAUAGAGGAACACGAUCGGUGUUACUUUCUAGGACACCCACGGUUUGAUAUCGAUACAUUCGCUACGGUUGCUAGGAUGUUCGAAGGAGUGCAUGAUUUUCGAACCUUUAUGGCCGUUGCUAAGGGUAAUCCACGGCAGCAGGAGGCCAUGCAUUCGCUAAGACGCAUUGAUCAGAUUACGGUUGAACGAGGACAAUGCAUGACGGUGGCAUUUAAUAGGCAAAAGACUGACCAUUUUUACGACUUUUGGGACGUACGGAUACAGGGACGAUCCUUUCUAUACCGUCAGGUGCGGCGCAUGGUAGGUGCUUGGGUGGCUGCAGCUGAAGGACGCAUUAGUGAACGCGACAUCUAUCGUAUGCUUACCGUACCGUCUCAGAAUUCCUGGUGCAGCAACGUAUUCGUAGCACCCGCUUACGCCUUGUACCUUUGUCACGUAGAGUACGAUCCGAUCGAUUUAGCCUUCCCGAGUAUAAUUCCCGAAAGUGACCAUGACCAGCUUUCUAGAACAAUUGCGCAAUCGUAAAACGGAGCUGCAGCGUACUGAAACAACCGUUACGUACAUGGACGGUAGUCGGAAAAUUUUCCGCAAUAAUCUCGAAAUGGAUGCACCACCACGACUAGGCUUCAUAGUGGAUACCAGCCCCGAUCAGGUGCCGGCCUGCAUUGUGCCACAAUUUCUCUACCUUGGUUCUCAGGACUGCGUACGGCAGGAAGUACUGGAAAAGUACGGUAUCACACAUGUGCUCAGCGUUGGCAUCGAAACGCCACCAAUUGUGGAGUACUCACACGAUGGCCAACGUACGAUAGAGACAAAGUUUGUUGAAUGUUUAGAUCUUCCAGAGACAAACCUAUCGGAGGUGCUAGCAAAAACAAACGCCUACAUUGACGAAUGUCAGGCACGAGGUGGGCGUGUUCUGGUACACUGCAACGCCGGAGUGUCUAGAUCGACGUCGGUUGUGGCAGGUUAUCUCAUGCAGCGGUGUGAUCAAUCUUUCAUGCAGGCAUUCGGGACAAUCAAAAGUAAGAGACCCUGCGUACAACCGAAUGCUGGUUUUAUUAAACAACUGAAGCAAUUGCAAUCGUAAAAUGGUGUAAUCGUUUCAACCAGUAGUUAUCCCAUCUAUAUUUUUUAAAAUAUAAUAAUGAGUGUUAUUUCGUAGGAAAAGAACUGUCGUUGAUUAUUCAACUUAAGCUAAUCUUUCCCGCGAUGGGACGAAAACGGACAAAUUCACACAAAUCAUAGAAUUUAAAAUAUAGAAGUUAUGCACAAAAACA